UUCACGAUACACCUAUAAAAAGAGAGGGAAGGACGUACACAUUUAAUUUCGUUUUAUUUACAAUUUCUGAAGUUACAAAUGGCAUCUGAUGUAAGCCUGUCUGAGAGUGAAAUGGAAGAUUGGGAAGAUGAAGAAGACUGGACGAGCACAGCCUGGGCUGAUCCGAGCGGCAACAACUUGAACAAGAAUAUUGCACAACCAUUAGGUCAUCAGAACAUCUGUGCGCAGACUCAAGUCUUGAAUGCUGGACAGGCUACUGAUAGUACCUCCAGUACUGCUCCACCUAAAUCUGGAGAGAGUACUGUUGUAAAGAGAAUGUUGUUGAACGACAACAAGGCUGGAAUGGAAGGUCUCGAUAAAGACAGGAUCAAUCAAAUCAUUCAUGAAGCUUCAAAAGGAUCAAAGUUUUACGAGAAUGAAAGACAGAAAGAAGAACAAAUGAAGAGAAGGAUUGAAGAACAAAGACAGAAAAUACAUCAGAUAUCAGCAGAACAGUUGAGGCAAGGAACUGUAGAGGCUGACAGAUUGUUAGAAGAUUUUGAACAGCAGCGUGAUUUGAGUCGCUGUAUAGUGCACAUUGACAUGGAUGCUUUCUAUGCUGCUGUGGAGAUGAAAGAUGAUCCAAGUUUGAAAAAUAAACCAAUGGCUGUUGGUGGUAACUCAAUGCUGUCCACAUCAAAUUACCAUGCGAGAAAGUUUGGUGUACGAGCAGCUAUGCCAGGUUUUAUUGCUAGAAAACUGUGCCCUGAACUUGUUAUUGUCCCAUUGAACUUUGAGAAGUACACCACUGUCAGUAAACAGGUGAAAGCUAUAAUAUCUGAGUAUGAUCCAAACUUCUGUCCAAUGUCUUUAGAUGAGGCAUAUUUGGACCUGACGGAGCAUUUAGAAAAAAGACAGGGUAUAUCUGUGGAAGAAAGAACUUUCAUUUGUAGAGAUUCCAGUUAUACAGAUUCCAGGGCCCAUUGUAAAUGUGACUUGAAUGAAACAGUAAGGAAUUAUGUGAAUCAGGCUAUUCCGUUGGAUGAUUUAUGCUUGGACGACUUUUUCACAAAAACAAGCCAUUUUCAAGUUAUGAAAGAGACCGAAAAUGAUGCUAAUUCAGGUAGAACAGAGAGUAAUGAAAAAGCAGGGAGGAGUGUUGUGUGCCUGAAAUGUAAGAAAGUAUUGCCUCCCUUUAAAUUUGUGACCUUCGGCUUAAGUGAUGAAGAUACGGUGAAUGAGUUGAGGACAAGAAUUGAGCAGAAGACCAGUCUCACAGCUAGUGCAGGUAUUGCACCAAACAUGAUGUUAGCUAAAGUGUGUUCAGAUAAAAACAAGCCAAAUGGCCAAUUUAAGAUACAGGCUAACAGAGAAGAUGUGAUGUGUUUUAUAAAAGAUCUACCAACCAGAAAGAUCAGUGGUAUUGGCAAAGUGAGUGAGGCUAUGUUGAAUGCUGUUGGAGUGUACACAUGUACAGAUCUAUAUGAGAAACGGGGACUGUUAUACCAUCUCUACUCACAGAUUUCUUUCAACUAUUUCAUGAGAAUAUGUCUGGGGAUUGGCUCAACAACUGUAGAAAGGGACAGUGAAAGGAAAAGCAUGAGUACAGAAAGGACAUUUUCAGAGAUAAGCAGGCCUGCUGACUUGUAUCAAAAAUGUGAAGAACUGUGUGAAAACUUGUCUGAGGAUCUCAAGUCUGAGCAGCUCAAGGGUAAAACAGUUUCAAUCAAGAUAAAGACUGUAAAGUUUGAAGUACGAACACGAGCACAUACAGUGCGAGACUACACUAAUGAUUACACUGACAUAGUACAGUCUGCUAGAGAAUUGUUGAAAACAGAGAUACAGAACUGUGCUCCACAACCCGUUAGGCUAAGACUUAUGGGUGUAAGGAUGUCAAAUUUACUGCAUGAGAGCCUGUGCCAGGGAAAGAAACAGAAUACAAUUAUUGGGGCCUUUAAACGUCUGUCAAAACUACCUGUCACAAAACUGGAAACAGACAAUGAAAUAAUAACAGUAAAAGACAUUGAUAUCAGUGAUACACAAAAUGAAACUACUGGCAAUUUACAGCAAACAGGUUUUACUGAGGUAUCAGAGACUACUUUAGAUAUAACUAAUGAUAAAAUGAAUAAGACAGUUGAGAAUUUAAACAGUGAUAAAGAUAUGUUGGAAGUCACCAGUAAUGUUUUAGGUAAACCAGGUUCACUAAAGAUGUUAACUGAAGAGAAGUCAGAUGUGGAAGGAGUAGAUGAAUUAAAUUCUGUGGAUAAAUCAAGGGAAAUUUACGAAAAUUCUUUACACAAAUUGGAAGGUAUUGAUGAUGCUCAAGUGGUAAAUGGUCAGGAAAAAAACAUAAAAAUAUGUGAAAGUGAGGAUAGAAUUAUCUGUGAUAAAAACUUAAAUGCUGGAAAAAUUGUUUGUAGUUCUAAGACUGAAAAAGAAAAGAAUGUAAUACUUGAAAACAGUGAUUCUCAGAAAAAUGGAAUAUCGUUAUAUUCACCAAAUUUAAGAAAAACAAGAAGUGGUUUCAUAAGAACGCCAGUGUCACAAGUAAAAAGGAAAAGAAAAGGUGGGAAAACACAAGAUUUGACAGUGACUUAUGUGUGUCCAGUGUGUUCAUUGAGUAUUCUUUGUGAAAGUUUGAACAGCUUUAAUGAACAUGUUGAUACUUGCUUAGAGAGUGGAGAAAAUGAUAAGCAUAGUGGUUGUGACAUAGAUGAUUUAAGUGUUGCUAAAAAUCAAACUGAAUUGGACAGUGACAUUUGCAAUUUGUCUGAACUUACAGCAGGCAAAAGGCUUGAAACGGGAGGUCCUUUUGAUACCAGUGUCACAUCCAAUGGUUCUCUUGGAGCUGUGACUGGAGAAACUAAAGGAAAUUUUAUACGGGUUGGUUUAGAGUCUGCAGAUGUAGAAGUUAAAUGUUGCAAUUCUGCUGAAACUGCCAGAGAAGAUAAUAAAGUAUCAAGUAAAACAGGAAGUCAAGAAACAGAACUGAAAUCUAAAAUUGAUACAUGUUUGACUUACAAAGAUCAAAAUGGCAUUGUAAGAACUUGUUGUAGUAUAGAUACUGAAAAUGCAGUAACUGAUAGAACAAGUGGAGAAAGUUUAGAAAAUAGUUUGUGUAAUGACAGAAAUUCAAAAGAAUUAGCAACAAAGGUUAAUGGUAAAGUUUAUGAUAAAGGUACUAUCAUGGGUUUAGAAUCAAAUAGACAUUAUCAUGGCACAGAUUGUAUUAAUGACAAUAAUGCGGGUGUUGAUACAGAAACUGAAUUAGAACCUGAUGGUGUAUUAACACUAGUAAAUAAUGAAGGUAUUUCUAAUGGGAGUGAAUUGAGGACAGAAGGAAGUUCAGAUUAUAUAGCCAGUGAAUCUGACGGGAAUGAAAUAAACAGCGACAGUUUAAUAGGUCAUCAGCAAGGCAGUACAUUUACGACUGAAACUGGAGCAACAAAAGUAAUUACAUUAGAUAUAUCAGAACAGAAAGCUAAAAAAGGAAUGAAUUUAAAUGAAAUUGAUAAUGUGAAUGAACAAGAGGUGACAUAUAAUACAUCUUUUUCAGUUGUCCCAAUUAGUCCAAAAGUAAUUAUAAAGAAUGUUUCUGAACCUUCUGGUAACUAUAUUGACAAGAUUGACAAUGGUUAUUACAACAAAACAGUGAUCAGAAAUUUAGACAGCAAUCUUAGAACUGUUGAGGUAGAACCAGAUUUGCCGUGCAGUAGUACUCAAGCACAGGAGAAACCAGUUAAAGUGAAAGGAUCAGAAUUUAUAAUGAGGAAAAAAUACACAGAUUUAUCAGAUGAUAUUGAGGAGUUGAAUGAAGAGGACAAUAGUACAGGUGAUCAAGAUGAUGAUGAUGAUGAUGAUGGAGGGAGGGAAGGGUCAUUACUGGUAUGUCCUAUAUGUAACGUUGAGCAGAGGUCAGCCGACUUGAAUGAGUUUAACAGUCAUGUAGAUUCUUGUCUCAGUAGAGGAGCUAUAUCAGAAAUACUUAAAGAACAGAAGAAAACAGAAAGUGGAAUCUUAAAAAGGAGCAGGGCUGCGGUUACCCCAGGAUCUGCCAAGGGUGCGAAGAGACGUAAAACGAUGCCAAAUAUUUCCAAGCCAUGCAGAAGCAUUGCUUCUUUCUUUCAAGAGAAAUGACUUGAAAGUAAACUUUGAAUGAAAUCAUCAUGUUCACAUCCCAUGAGGAUUUCUCUUUAUUACCUGUUUUUCAAUGAAUUAUCGAAAUAUUCAAGUGAAAUAUAUCCGGUAUUUUCACAGUGAAAAAAAUAUUAAAUAUAUUUUUCACUGGUAAGAAACUAUAUAAUGGGUAAAUUAAGACAAAAUAUGAAAUAAAAAAAUGUUUUUGUUUUACAUGUAAGAUCAAAAUAUCUUUCAUUCAUAAACAAUAUGUUUUACAUUUUCACUUGUGGUUACUCCUGAAAAUAUUGCAUUUUUUGUUCACUUAUAAAAGAUAUUUCAAUCUUACACUGAAAAGAGUUUCAGUAAAAGUUACCAACUAUCCUGUUGUGCAAGAUAUAAUUGAGCAAUGUUUUAAGUUAGAAAAUGACUCAUUUGAUGUGCAAAAUAACGAUGGAGGACGACUUUGUUUCUAUGCCUUAAAGAUGUUUUUUCACAAAUAUUUCUAGCAGACAGAUUUUUCUAUAAUUUUGCAUAUUUAUAGAUUGAUGUACCGCAAGUUAAGAUAGACAAGAAAAACAAUAGGUACCCAUGUUUUUUUUUUAAUAAUCAAAGUUUAUUAGGAGCACCAAAACUGGUAUUUUUGUCUGUAGAAACAAUACAUACAUGUCAUGAUAAAGCAAGUGCAAACAGCUAUUUACUUAAAAAUUCAUUCUGAUGUUAUUGAUUUUACUUCACAAUUAAUGAAACCACUAUAACUAUGCAUAAAAAAUCAACAUAUAGAUAUAUCAACACAGAAAAAGAGCUCUUGAGAAAUGUCGAAAAUAUCUGGAACUGAAAAAAAAGAAAGUAUAUUUCCUAAAGAUAGGAAAAAUCUAGCGGAUAGAAUUUUACCAAAUUUUUGAUAAGGUAAGCUAGAACUAGGACAAAAAAUACUAAACCAAAAAAAUAAUAUCAACCCUGGUCCCAGGUGCACAACUUCACAUGCUGAAUAACAUACCUAUGUUUUUUACUGUCAAGGGCCAUAAAUCUGGUUUUACUGAGUGAAAUCUCAAAUAAAGCCCCUGGUGCACAACUUCACAUGUUGAAUAAUAUUCCUGUAUGGUUUCAUGACUCUAGGUCAUAUCCUUUUUGAGAUACAUGCAAUACAAACUUUUAAGCUCUUUAUGUCCAUUUUUGACUGUCAAUGGCCAUAACUCUGUUCUUAUUAUGUGAAAUCCAAAAUCAAAACCCCAAGUGCACAACUCCACAUGCUGAAUAUCAAUCAUAUGGUGUUUUAUGACUCUAUGUCAAAUACUUUUUGAGAUAUACAUGACACAAAUUUGUAUGGACCAUUUGAGCAUGAAGGUGAUACAUUACGAUUUUCUGAAACCUUGUGUGACCCGAGUCGCUGAAUCAUUACUCGAUGAAAUCGUUAAACUUAGCUGUCCAAAAUGUUUUCGAUUCAUACAAGAUGAUUUCUUGGACACAAACUUCCCACAACUACCCCUCCAAUACAACACAAUCAUUCUAACAACUUUAAAUUUGCAUGACCAUAUUAGUAAAUAUAUAUUUUUUGUGCACAGACGCUCCAUAUCGGAGAACUAUGCACUUUUGGCAGCAAAUUGUGAAAUAUGCUUACUGUGGUUAUCGCUUGCUGCGCGAUUUAGUUGCGCACAAAAUAUUGUGAUGAACUGCUUUAAAUGCUUGAUGCUGGCAGGCAUAGACAAUAUCAUCUUAAGUGUAGAAAUUGCAAAAGAAAAUAUGUUGACAACGUACAUAGUUGAAAUGUCUUGAUUAACCCCGACUUUUCCAUAGUUGCCAAUUUACCAUCAUGCUUUCUAAACAGUGUGAAUUUACUCCCAGUGUAAAAAUAAUAAUCUGGAGCACUGGUGUAAGGCUGAACUGAAUUAUACUUUGAACUGUUUAGCAUUUGUGUUUGACUUGAACUGAAUGAAGGUUGGCACUGAUAAGAUUAUGUGUAAUUGUGUUUGGCUAAGCUGAAUGAAGUUCUGAACUUAUAUUUUGUGUAAUUGUGUAAAGCUGAACUGAAGAAGUUCUGAACUUAUAUUUGUGUAAUUGUGUAACACUGAACUGAAUGAAGUUCUGAACUUAUAUUUUGUGUAAUUGUGUAAAGCUGAACUGAAGAAGUUCUGAACUUAUAUUUGUGUAAUUGUUUAACACUGAGUUGAAUGAAGUUCUUAACUGAUAGAUUAUGUGUAAUUGUGUAAUGAAGUUUUGAACAUUUAAGUGUAUGUGUUAUUGUGUUAGACUGAACUGUGUAGUGUUUUGAACAGAUAAAAUUAUGUGUAUUAAAUUUUGUAAGACUGAAUGGAGUGAAGUUUUGAAGUGAUAUAUAUUGUGUAAUUGCAUGAGUCUAAACUGAUUAAUGUCUUUUAUUGAUGAGAUUAUGUGUAAUUUUUGUUAGAAUGAAAAGUGAAGUUUUGAACUGACAAAGAAUUCAUUUAACUGUGUUAGACAGAACUGAGUAAUGUUUUGUACUGAUAUGUGUAUGAGUAAUUUUGUUAGAUUUGUAUUUUACAUUUAUCCUAACUGAAACAGAUCAUGUGUAUUUAUGAAAAAUGAACUGACUGAUGUGGUGAUCUGUAAUUAUGUUGGGCUGAAUUGAGUCAAGUUCUGAACUCCAGUGUAUAUGAGCCGUGCCAUGAGAAAACCAACAGAGUUCGUUAACGAACAGCAUGGAUCCUGACCAAACUGUGCGGAUGCGCAGGCUAGUCUGGAUCCAUGCUGGUCGCAAAUGCACUAUGUUGGUUUUCUCAUGGUGCGGCUCAUAUGUAAUUGUUUUAGACUGAAGUUUUGUGCUGAUAAAUGUAUUUUUAAUCAUGUACGAUUGAGUUGAAUUAUGUUUUAGCUCUCAUAGGUAUAUAUUUAAAUGUGUUAAACUGAACUGAAUGAAAUUGUCAUGUUGAUUUUAGCCUACCACAAUAUAUUGGAAUGAAAUGUUGAACAGAAUUAAAUGGCAAUUUUCAGUGAUAAUAGUGAGUUUCAGAUUGUUAGAGAUCGAGCUAAUAAUAGAAACUGAUGUGCUUAAUUAGAUGGAAAGAGUUUUGGUUUGAAUGUUUUUGCAUUUUGAUACAUUUUAUGAUAAACUGCAGUCUGUUGUCAUGUUACAACUUUCCAGUAUUGAGGAAGACCCAGGGUACUACUUU